UCGUACUCGGAAGCUCUGCUAGCCGCCGUUGGCAGCAUCCCGCAAGGGCAUCACCCUCUUUGGCAACCAUGCCGCGCGCUGCCUUGUGCUUCCUCGCGCUCUCGCUACUCUCUACCGCGCAAGCAUUCUAUCUGCCUGGCGCGGCGCCGCAUGACUUCCACGAAGGAGAGCCGGUGGACCUCUUCGUCAACGCCCUGACACCCAUGAUAGCGGGGAAUGACAACGCCAAACUCAAAUCCCUGAUAAAUUAUGACUACUACAACCCGUCCUUCCACUUCUGCAAACCCGAGGGCGGCCCGACCAAGCAGCCCGAGUCUCUGGGGUCUAUCCUGUUCGGAGACCGUAUAUUCAACUCGCCAUACGAUAUCAAAAUGAUGCAAGACAAUGCAACCUGUCGGGCUCUGUGCACGGAAACCAUAUCAUCUGGGGACGCCAAGUUCAUCAAUGAUCGCAUACGGGAAGACUAUGCUAUCAACUGGCUUGUGGACGGCCUUCCUGCCGCUGAAAUGAAAGAGGAUAAGCGGACGGGAGAGCUCUUCUUUGAUAUGGGCUUCAAUCUUGGCAACGACGAGGGGCAGUUCGAGGAGAUGCCUGCGCUGCACAACCAUUACGACAUCGUACUUAGAUACCACUCGCCCACACCUGGCGUUUACCGCAUCGUCGGUGUUCUCGUCUGGCCCACCAGUCGUGGAGGGUCACAGGAUGCGCCAGCCAAUGGAGAAUUGGACUGUGCUUCGUCUGUCCCACCCCUUAUCUUAAGCGAAACGUCAGACAACCAAGUGCGGUACACUUACCGAAUCAUGUGGAAUGAAUCGGAUACCCCGUGGGCCACAAGAUGGGACAAUUACCUACAUAUCUUCGACCCUCGUAUCCAUUGGUUUAGCCUCAUAAAUGCCGUCAUUGUGGUGGUCUUCCUGUGUGUCAUGGUGUCUAUGAUCUUGCUGCGUACUGUGUCGCGUGAUAUAUCACGGUACAAUGCCAUAGACCUGAGUGAAGAUGUCCAAGAGGACUGGGGCUGGAAGCUAGUUCAUGGAGAAGUGUUCCGGACGCCACAGAACCCGAUGGUACUUUCCAUCCUCGCUGGUAACGGUGCACAGCUAUGCGCGAUGGUCGCAGUGACCCUGGUCUUCGCGCUACUUGGGUUCCUGUCGCCAUCCAACCGCGGCUCACUUGCUACCGUGAUGAUGAUCUGUUGGACCUUCUUCGGCAGCAUCGGUGGCUAUAUCUCAAGCCGAGUCUACGCGUCAGUGGGAGGCGCCAACAAGCGGAAGAAUUCAUUCCUUACCGCCACCCUCAUGCCCACGGUCGUGUUCGCAAUCGUCUUCCUACUUGAUCUAUUCCUAGUCGCCGCGGGCUCUUCGGGUGCCGUGCCCUUCGGCACCCUGCUCUUGAUCAUCGUCCUGUGGUUCGGCAUCUCCGCCCCUCUGUCUGCAAUAGGCUCCUACUUCGGUUCCAAACACGGGGCAAUUGCCCAUCCUGUGAGAGUAAACCAGAUUCCGCGCCAGAUUCCGCCGCAGCCGACCUAUUUGCGUCCAUGGGCCACGACCAUUUUGGCGGGUAUCUUGCCCUUCGGUGCGGCGUUCGUUGAGCUGUACUUCGUGCUCUCGAGCCUCUUCGCCUCGCGCGCAUACUACGCAUUCGGCUUCCUCGCGCUUACCGCGGCGCUCGUGGCGCUGACGACCGCCACGGUCACCAUCCUCUUCACGUACUUCAUCCUCUGUCGCGAAGACUACCGGUGGCACUGGCGUGCGUUCCUCACGGGCGGCGGCAGCGCCUUCUGGCUGCUCGGCUACGGGGUCGUGUACUGGGCGUCGCGGCUCUCGCUCGACUCGUUCUCGAGUACGGUGCUGUACUUCGGGUACCUGCUCCUCCUCGCGCUCCUCGACUUCCUCGUCACAGGUACGAUCGGGUUCUUGGCGACGUACUGGGCCGUGCGCAGGCUGUACAGCGCUAUUCGUGUGGACUAGGGCGGUCCUCGCGUCCCACAUGUGCUCGCUGCAUACGUAUUUAUACGGGGCGCCGAGCCACCUCCGCGGGGAGGAGUGCUCUUGGUAUCGAUACUUUUUUUAUCUUAUUAGACGCGCCGACUACAUAUGCAGCACUAAUUACACGCCCACAACAACCGUUACUUCUCGACCAGGACAAUCACAGCCUGCUUCUGGCUGCCGGCGCGUAAAAAUACAACCCCCUCGUCAAUAAGGUCUGUGGCGGACAGCUUCUGGUGCACGUCGGCGACGGGUGUAUUGUUCAAGUAAAGUCCCUUGGCGUUGACAAGCUGGCGCGCGGCACUAUUUGACGCCGCGAGGCCGAAUCUGGCCGCGAGCUUGACGAGCGGGGUGUCGAGCACCUCAGACGCGGUGCACAGAUGCAUGACCGGAUUAUCCGAGAGAGCGUUAAGCACGUCCUUGCGUUUGGCAGUUGCGAUGUCAUGUUCGUACAGCAGCUUCGUUGCGUGUUUCGCGCAAUACACGCCGUCCACUCCAUGCACCAAUAGGGUCACUUCUUCCGCCAGUUUUCGCUGGGCCGCACGAGUUUCCGGGGAGCGGUUGUGCUCAAGCAUAAGCCCAUCAAUUUCCUCGAGGGACAUGAGCGUGAACAUCUUUAAGUAGCGACCGACAUCCGCGUCUGACGUCCUCAGGAAGAACUGGUAAAAAUCGUACACAUUGGUCUCUUCACCGUUGAGGGAGACCGCGUUCCCCGCGCUCUUCCCGAACUUCUCCCCGGACGCGGUGGUCAAGAGCGGGGUGGUCAGGCCGAACGCCUUCUCCGCUGUGCCGUCUUGCGCAGUUCCGGGCGCAGAGUUGGUGCGGUUGAUGAGGUCUAUCCCCGCGAUGAUGUUGCCCCAUUGGUCAGACCCCCCAAUCUGGACGGUGCAACCAAACUUCUUGUACAGUGUCAGGAAGUCGUACCCCUGCAGGAGCUGGUAGGUGAACUCCGUGAAAGAGAUACCCUGUUGUGAAGCGAGACGGGCCUGUACACUCUCUCGUGCGAGCAUGGUGUUCACUCUGCUGUGGAAGCCGACUGUACGGAGGAACUCGAGCAGGUUGAGUUCCUUGAGCCAAGUGAGAUUAUUUUGCACGUUCGGCGGAUGUAUGUUCGGUCGAAUGAUCGGCACGAUGUGCUUAUCCGUGUACUUCGUUGCCCCUUCGAAAAAUCGAGUGAUGCCCGUCGUCAGCUUAUCGACGUUGUGCGCAAUGGUCUCGGGCGUAGCCAUGGGCCUCUCCGUCGAACGUCCUGAAGGGUCUCCCACAAGUCCCGUAGCUCCUCCUAUUAGGGGAAUGAUGUGGUGGCCUCGCAGCUGAAAGUGUAGUAGACAUAGCAGAGGUACGAGGUGACCGACGUGUAGGUUGGGUGCGGUAGGGUCUACCCCGACGUAGACGGUCAUAGGCUUCUCAGUCGCCGACUGAAACUGCGUAGGUCUUGUCACAUCUGCCACCAGCUCACGCGACUUCAGGUCUUCAAACAGGUCACCCAGGGAGUGUACGCUACGGCAUUGUCGCCGCUGAGGAUGCCAGACGGCCGCAUUCAAAGAGGUUAUGGAUCGAAGACCAUUGCGCGAGAGCCGCAUGUCG